GAUGACCAUCUCUGCCAAAAAAAUUCUCAGGCUUUGAUCGUGCUCCAAUAUUGUAAGAUCUCUAUUUUAUCAUUAUGGAUAAGAACAAGCCAGGUUCUUUCAAGAAACGAUUCCAAUUUAAGAGAAAAAAGAGCAACAAAAAAAGCCAAAGGCCAAAUUUUAGUUAUGAACAGAGUGCCGGACCUCCUGGUGCUUCUGACACGGUCUAUCGUAUUCUCUGUCCAAGUAGCAAGAUUGGUAGUGUUAUUGGGAAAGGUGGUAGCAUAAUCAAUGCCUUGAGAGAUGAGACCCGUGCCAAGAUCAGAGUCGCUGAAUCUGUUCCUGGUUCAGAUGAAAGAGUAAUCAUUAUAUUUAGCUCUGCGACAAGAAAGCCUAGAAGAUACAAUGCCAAUGAAGAUGAUGAGGAUGAUGUUCUCUCUGAGAAUGAACAGGAGCCCAUGCAACCACAUUGUCCUGCCCAGGAUGCUCUGUUAAAAAUUCAUGAACGAAUUGCUGAGGAAGAUGAUCUCUUUGGUGGCAUAACAUGUGAAGAUAAUAAUGAAACCAAUGUGGUCACUACACGCCUUCUUGUUCCAAACAAUCAAGUGGGGUGUCUUCUAGGCAAAGGUGGAAACAUCAUACAGAAAUUGCGUACUGAAACUAGUGCAAACAUUCGUAUCCUGCCUGCAGAGCACCUGCCUACUUGUGCAAUGAACACUGAUGAGUUAGUGCAGAUAUCUGGACCAUCAACUGUGGCAAAGAGGGCUCUCUAUGAAGUUUCUACUCUGUUGCACCAGAAUCCACGUAGAGAUAAUCAACCACUGAAUUAUCCUAUGCCUUCUGGGGGCCCUGGAUUUUAUCCUCCUGGACCUCCUGUUGGAAAUAUGUUGCCACAAAGAAAUCCAAUGUGGCCUCACCAGAACUCUGGUGCACAUGGUACAUCUCGGAUGCCAUGGAUGGGGGGAUAUGGAAGUGGUUUCGAUGGUGUUCCACCUGUAAAUGCUGGGGAGGCAUCGGAUGAGUUCUCUAUGAAAAUUUUGUGUGCUGCUGGAAGAAUUGGUGGGGUAAUUGGAAAGGGAGGUUCUACAGUUAGACAGUUACAACAAGAAACGGGAGCUCGCAUUCAAGUUGAUGAUACAAUACCUGAGGCGGAGGAACGUUCAAUUGUUGUCUCUUCUUUUGAAGCUCUCUGGAACCCAAGAUCACCAACUAUUGAUGCCAUUCUUCAGCUUCAAAGCAAAACUAGUGAAAUGUCUGAGAAAGGCGUCAUCACAACAAGGCUUCUUGUUCCGUCAAAUAAGGUCGGCUGCCUCCUAGGACAGGGAGGUCAUGUAAUUACUGAAAUGAGAAGACGAACGCAAGCAGACAUACGUGUUAUCUCCAAGGAUGGGAAGCCCAACUGUGCUUCUGCAGAUGAAGAGCUUGUGCAGAUAUCUGGAAAUAUUGCUGUUGCUAAAGAAGCCCUUUCAGAGAUCGCAUCAAGACUUAGAGUGAGAACUCUCCGAGGUUCAAAUGCUGCACUCGAAUCUCCUCCUGUGCCACCACCUUUUCAAGGAUUUGGUCCUCCGGGUCCUCUUGGUCCUCCAGGAAACUUCCCUGGAAGAGCACUACCACCAGCUGGCAUGACUGGAGUUGGUGGCUCUGGUGGAUAUGAACACGUACAGGCUCUGGGACAUGAAUAUGAAGGUCAGAGUUAUCCUGUGCAGCAAUCUGCCACUGGAUACCCAAAUGUUAGCAGUUCUAUAGAGGUUAAGGUUCCGAACAGCGCAGUAGGUUCUUUUCUUGGAGCAGGUGGAAGCAAUAUCUCUAAUAUUCGUGAAGUUUCUGGAGCAAGAGUGAAACUGCAAGAUCCUCAGUCUGGGGCUUCAGAAUGUGUUGUUGAGAUCCAUGGGUCUAAUGAGCAGAUGAAUGCAGCUCAGAAUCUUCUUCAGGCCUUCAUAGGUUCGGCAGUACAGAACUUCAACUCACACCAGCAAGCUUCUUAUCAAUAGUAACUGUCCGUGUUUCAUUUUUAUAGUUUUCGGAUAUUUUUGUAUCAUAAUUAACCUUUAUUUCUGGAUAAGGGUGAUACUAGGCUAUUUGUGAACAAAUUAACAUCAUUUAAAAUUUAAUCUUUUCUUGGUUGGCGAACA